GUAAGCGUUUGGGGGUCUGAUCAUUCAUGACUUAAAUCCGGUGGUGGUAGGCUAUGGAUGAGUACAACGAAAUCUCAGGUGUUACAAAGGGGAAGGUUAAGCUGGACACAAAAAACCCAGGAGCACCGUCCCGUGUCAUCCACAUCCGUAACAUUCCCAAUGAGGUUACCGAGGCGGAGAUCGUCCAUUUGGGCAUCCCCUUCGGCAAGGUCACCAAUGUUCUUGUGCUCAAGGGCAAGAAUCAGGCGUUCUUGGAGAUGUCGGACGAAGUGAGCGCCACCACGAUGGUCAACUACUUCACAAACUGCACAGCCCAGCUGCGCGGGCGCGCCGUCUACGUCCAGUUCUCCAACCACAAGGAACUCAAGACUGACCAGACCCAUUCCAACGCGCAGAACCCGAGUGCUCAGGCGGCGCUGCAGGCCGCGCAGGCCCUGGUGAACCAGACUGACACCCAGGGGGGGCCUAACACCGUCCUCAGGGUCAUUGUGGAACACAUGAUCUAUCCCGUCACACUCGACGUCCUCUAUCAGAUCUUCUCUCGUGUUGGGAAAGUGCUCAAAAUUGUCACCUUCACAAAGAACAACACAUUCCAGGCUUUGAUCCAGUACCCAGAUGUAGUCACUGCUCAGGCUGCCAAAAUGACUCUUGAUGGGCAGAACAUCUACAAUGCUUGCUGCACAUUGCGAAUUGAAUACAGCAAGUUGAGCAAUCUUAAUGUCAAGUACAACAAUGACAAGUCAAGAGAUUACACCAACCCCAACCUGCCAACUGGUGACCCUACACUGGACUCUGCCUUGGCCAUUGGUGGUGCCCCCGGUGUGCUAGCCUCCCCGUUUGCUGCAAUGCAUGGACUCUCGUCGCCGCUAACCGCUGCCUAUGGGGCCUCACCUGUGGGAGGAGCUCCUAAUCUGAACAUGAACCGUACUGGCGAGAACGCUACACCGUCAGGCAUGCAGUUCACAGGUAUGCCCUUAGCUGGAGUGACCCCAACCGCUGCUGCUCUUGGCGCUGCAGGACUGCGACUGCCCGGUCAGCCAUCCGCCAACUGUGUUCUGCUAGUCUCCAACCUGAAUGAGGAGAUGGUCACGCCUGACGCUCUCUUUACCCUCUUCGGAGUGUAUGGCGAUGUACAACGUGUCAAGAUACUAUUCAACAAGAAGGAUAAUGCCCUGAUUCAGAUGUCAGAGCCUCAUCAGACACAGCUAGCUAUUUCACACUUGGACAAGAUGAAAGCCUGGGGCAAGCAAAUUCGUGUUACUUUGAGUAAACAUCAGACAGUGCAGUUACCCAAAGAAGGUCAGCCAGAUGCUGGUCUCACUAAGGAUUACAGCAACUCUCCUCUGCACCGUUUCAAGAAGCCAGGCUCCAAGAAUUAUCAGAAUAUUUAUCCUCCUAGUGCUACCUUGCAUCUGUCCAACAUCCCACCCACUGUAGAAGAGGAGCAGAUCAAGGAUGCAUUUAGUUUAGCUGGGUGUGAAGUGAAGGCUUUCAAGUUCUUCCCUAAGGACAGAAAAAUGGCUCUUAUUCAGCUGGGAUCAGUCGAAGAAGCUAUUUCUGCCCUAGUUAAAAUGCACAACUUCCAACUGAGUGAUUCAUCCCACCUACGUGUGAGUUUCAGCAAGAGCACCAUCUAGACAACCCAUGUGGAAGUGAAUGGGCCAGGGAUCAGAAUGCCUGUAGGGGCUCCAUAUUCCAGGGGCAUUUGUAUACCUGGAUAUAGGAAAAAUAUGGAUCCAAAGGAAGAUGAUCCCACUUGUCAGUUAUAGUUGGAACUGACCUUUCUUAUUUUAGGGCAUGGCAUUUUAAAUAGUAAUACCUAGCUUAACCAAAUGUUACACUUAAAGGAGGCAGGACCUAGAGAUAUUAAAAAGUGAGAGAGAAGAGCUGAUUCCACACAAAAAUGUUUAAGACUUAACGAAGAAAAUUUUUAUUUAUUUUCUGUACCCAGAAAGUUUUGGGUAUUUGGGUAACAUAUCCAUAUGAUAUACUUUCGUGAAAGUAAAUUGGCAAAAUAGCCUUGAUGUCUUUUCUGUGUAAGGUGAAGGUUAAACAGUAUUAGGGGUGUUUUCACCCCAGUUGUGGGUGAAAUAAGAAGAAGAAAAUUUAAGGAAACCUCUGGUACAGUAAGUUCCUCAUGCUCUCUGAGAUUACUCUGGAAUUAAGUGUUGAAACCUCAGCCAGCAUGAGCCACAGCAGAUUCUUUUAAUACAGGUAGCUCUUUUAUUUUAAGUGUUUGCAAGUGAUAAAUGUUUAGAGCUAGAUGUGUAAGUAUACAUGAAUGAAAAUAAAAGAGAAGAGAUGGGCUAAAUUCAUAAAGUAGCCAGUGAAAUUCUCACAAUUCAUAUUUUUGGGGAAAUGGAGGAAAUAUAGAACUGGUAAUUUAUCACAAUAUGUCAGUGUUAUUAAAAGCAUAUAUUUUUGCAUUUUUGACGUCUCCAAAGUGUAAACUGAUAGCUCCUUUUCUUGAUCAACCUCUUCCGUCUUAAGAAUUUUCUCAGAUCAUUCCAUCUAAAGUCACUUUAUGCUCGAUGAUUCCAAUGUUUGUAUGGUAGGCAGACAGGGGAUGCGGUUGUUGUGCCCAGAAUUUAACUCAUGCAGUUACUUGAAGAAACAGCUUUAUACCAAUUCAUAUUGUCCUCGUUUACCUUGAACAAUGUUUGGAUUAAGCAGCCUAGGUUGAAGAAGAAGAACGAGAGGGUAACCGCGGGAGACUACAGCCGUAGCCGUGGGCUGACAGGUCUAGGUGUAGGCUGCUUAUUAGGUUACCUCCAUCAUCAGGUGUUCACCCAUGUUAACAGUGUUUGAAUGUUAGCUAUUCUUGGGAUCACUGUAUAUCAGCAUACAAUGAUGCCAGCAUUUCUGUGGUGGGUGGACGUAGUGUCGCCAAAACUACAAAAACUAAAACUGAUUGCUUAUGAUGAGCGUUUGUUAGGGGGCAGCGAGACUGUACCUGAGCGGGCCCUUCCUCCACCCCUCUCUGCCACCUGGCCAGUUUGUGGGUGGGCUCGCCCAUCCAUGUUGUGGCAUUCUUAUAUUGUUGUUCAGUGUAUGUAGCUCAUAGGAAAUUUGAUUAGCUUUUAUUAAUGAUAUACAAAAGUAUUAUUUGUUAUUUAUCAAUAAAAAAAGAUAAAAUGAAGUAAAAAAAAAUGGAAAGAAGCACAAAGGUUGAGCCAUGCACCCAGGAAGUUGGCAGUAUCUCAAACAGCUGGUUGUUGGAGGGCAAGGCAGUACUGUUUACCACAGCAUUUCAACCAUUGCUGGCUAGUCAGAAAGUUUUCUCCCCUAUGACUCUUCAUUCAUUAUUUUAGGUGAGGGAAGAACUGCCCCCUUACCUAAGGCACAUAUACGUCAUUCAUUUUUUAUCUUUUGUUCGUGGGAAAUUCAUCCCUCUGGAAUUUAAAUACAGUAUAUCCAUUUCAGUAUUCACACAGGGAUAUAGUUGAGCUGGAAGUAGCCCUGCCCCCCUGACAACCCACCACUAGUGUCCCAUCUGUCUGAAACUUGCGACAAGACAAUCCCAGAAAAAUAAAAAAAUAAUAGGCAUCUAGUGUGGUACAGGUCUAAACCUUUGUUGGGCCUAUGAAGUGCGUUACUGAACAGUCUAUUCGGGCACUUGAUUGCCAAUUUGUAGUAUUAAAUAGUUUUGAGUAUAUAUAAAAAUAUAUAUAUACAUAUAUAUACCAAUUUUUUAUUUGUUUUAGUAUUGUGCUGUGGUGAAGUUGUGCUCCCCAAGAUCGCAGAAUAGCACUUAAUUCAUUGAUAAAAUUGGACCACACUGGGAAGGCUAGUAAACACUUACAGUAAUUUGCACAUAUCAGUUUCAGAGACUAUUUUUGUACAACUGUGGUGCCUUUCUAUGUGAUAUUCACAGUGUGGCACAUGUCGGUCAUUGGUCAGUUUGGACAUACGUAUAUAUUCAUCGCUGAUGUGGUAAUAGCAUGUGAGGAAAUGUAAACCCUCUCCCCUCCCCUGUACUUUGCUUAGACCUGCUGCUGCUGCUGCUGCUGCCUCCCUUGUUUAAUACCAAGUCUACCUACUCCAACUUCCAUGGGUGCAGUCAAGCAACUAUUUUUACAUCUACAUGUGUAGAAUUGUAUUUCUUAUUUAAAUCACGUGUAUGUCGAGAUGAAAAGAAAGUCAUCAUCCUUUUUCUCUAUUUUAGAAAUCCAUUUAGCUGAUGGUCUCUUUCUCAAGUUAAUCUUAAGGGGUCUCUGACUGAUUAAUGCUAAUCCAUUUUCUCUUUGAGGCAGCAUUGUACCUGGGGUUGGCUCUUUCGUAUUACCAACAUAGUAGUGAAGGGCAGUAACCCCUUUUUUUAAUCUAUUUUUAUUACUGAAGGAUUUCAGCUUGCCUGCACAUGCACUAUAUACAACCUGGUAGCUGAUAAAUCAGAAAUUUUUGCUAAGCUUCAAAUGUUCCAUGAAACACUUGAGAAAAGGCCUAAAGUCUUGUGCCUCAGACUGUACUUGUAUUUGAAGGGAACAAAGUACCUUACAUUACUCUUCUAUAUUGUAAUAUUUCUUAGAAGUGUGUCAUUUUCUCUUCCCACUGCUUCAAUGUAACCGACUUGUAUACUUCUUGCAUAUGUAUCUACCGUAAAUACCAUUCAGAUGUGCUUGCCAGGUUUUGCCCAAUAGCUGUUUGUUUUAAGAAAGCAAUUUUUUUUAUGCACAAAUUCUAAUUGAAUUUCAAGAAAGAAUUUUAAGAAUCUUUGGAUAUCUCAGUGGUUAUUAGUCGUUUCAUAGACAGGAUAAGGCAGUGGGGGCAAUACCUGGUGCUACCCCCACAUUAUACAUUACUAACUGCAGAUAUAGUUUCUAAUGAUGAAACUUUGGCAGACAAAACUAAGGAGGGGUCACCAUCGUCAGAAAGACAGCAGCUGAGUUGUGCCUUGAACAGCUUGCAUCUUGUUUUUAACUUGUCAGUGCUUGUUCGCUCACUAGACACACCCACCUCUCCUUGAAUUCCUGGCUGCCAGGGCAGUUACUACAACUGAGCAUCCUAACUGAAACUGCUUUUUUUAUUUCAGCAGUUCAAGAACAAUUUUCUUUUUCUUGUUUAUUUUUUAUGUUGAGUUUUAGCCUAAGACAGAUCAGGUUUACUUUUCUGGAGGGGUAGGCACAGCUAGGGUAGGUGCUAGACCAACUCUCCCAUUGCACCUUCAUUUUUCGGUAAAGGCCCACAAUAACCCCCAAAAUCCCAUUGUUUUAAACUAAUUGUUUUUAUUGUAUGUGGAAGAUGAGUGUUUGCAUCUAUUCAUUUUAUUCAAGGAUGAUAUGAAACUUGUGACAUUCUAGCUCUAAAAGGAAUUUGUUUGUGGCACUAGGCUGCAGACAGUAUAUUUGUCUUAAUGUGGAUGGAUCUGAGCAAGAGCCAGGUACUGUGUUUAACAUUAUCAUUUUGUAAUAAAUAUGUAUUUCGAU